CAUGCAUGAACAACUUGUACAUUUGAAGUUGGGAACAUAGACAUCCCCACACUAGAUUCUCUCUCAAGCUUUCCCUCCAAUCCAACCCGAAACCCCCUCAAACCAAAAUCGCAGUCUCUUCUUCUUCUUCUUCUUCAAUUCAAAACCCUAGGCUAAAACCCUAAAAGUCUACAUGUUAUCUCUUUCACGAAUGAAAUCACUUGUCUCUCCAACUCUCUCCACCCUUGCCCCUAAAACUAGGCGUUUCUCUCUCUACUCUCAACCCUCUCGAUACCUUCUCUGCAAUCCCAAACCUCUGCAAAAACCUAAUUUCUUCCAUGUAAAAACCACCAUGCUUCCGCACAAUUCUCCAAUGAUCUCUAUCCAAAGUCAUUGUUUGAAUACGGAGGCGUCUCAGUCGCCUUCCGGCGAAAUCCACGUCAUCGUCGGCCCGAUGUUCGCCGGAAAAACCACCACUCUGCUCCGCCGGAUCAAGUCCGAGAGUAGUAAUGGCAGCUUUCAGGCCAACGUCCUCAAGAACUCCACCCAUCUGGAUAGGACAUUAAGAGGUCUUUGUUUGUCAGGAAGACUGAAAGAAGCAGUUGGGUUACUCUGGCGUGCAGGAUUACAGGUGUACCCUGAAACCUAUUCUCUUCUUUUACAAGAAAGUAUAUUCAGGAAACAAUAUAGAUGGGGAAGGAGAAUCCAUGCACAAAUGGUGGUCGUUGGCUUUGUUCCCAAUGAAUAUUUGGUAACCAAAUUGUUGAUAUUGUAUGCAAAGGCAGGGGAUUUAGUAACUGCUAGCAGUCUGUUCAAUGAGUUGCCGAGGACUAGCUUAAUUUCAUGGAAUGCAAUAAUUUCUGGUCAUGUGCAAAAUGGUCUUGUAGAAAUGGGAUUGAGUCUUUAUUAUAAGAUGAGACAGAGUUGUUUGACACCAGAUCAGUACACCUUUGCGUCAGUCUUUAGAGCGUGUGCCACUUUAGCAACGUUGCAGCAGGGCAAGCAAGCCCAUGGCAUCUUCAUAAAGAGUCAAAUUAGUGGAAACGUUGUAGUUAAUAGUGCCCUCAUGGAUAUGUACUUCAAAUGUAGCAGUCCUUGUGAUGGGCAUCUAGUAUUCGAUGAAUCUUUGGAUAGGAAUGUGAUUACAUGGACUGCAUUAAUAUCCGGAUAUGGACAUAAUGGGAGGGUCGAAGAAGUUUUACAAUCCUUUCAUAGGAUGAUAACUGAAGGUUUCAGACCAAACUAUGUUACGUUUCUUGCAGUUCUUUCUGCUUGUAGCCAUGGAGGUUUGGUACAUGAAGGUUGGGAGUAUUUCUCAUCGAUGAUGAGAGAUUAUGGUAUUCAACCAAGAGGGAAACAUUUUGCAGCAAUGGUUGAUCUUUUAGGGCGUGCUGGGAGGUUACAAGAAGCAUACGAUUUUGUUCAAGACUCACCCCAUGAAGAACACCCAGUGAUAUGGGGUGCUUUGCUUGGGGCUUGUCGAAUUCAUGGAAACAUGGACAUGGUGAAGCUUGCUGCGAAGAAAUUUUUUGAGUUGGAACCAGAGAAUUCUGGGAAGUAUGUCGUCCUAUGUAAUGCUUAUGCUACAUUUGGUUUGUGGGAUAGUGUUGCAGUGAUGAGGGGGCAGAUGAGGGACUUUGGUAUGAGAAAGGAACCUGGUUAUAGCAUGAUUGAAGUUCAAAAGGAGGUUCACUUCUUCUUUAUGGGGGAUAAUUCUCACAAACAAACUGAGCAGACACGUGACUUAAUUAAAGAAAUGACUUGCAUUUUAAAGGAUGCUGGCUAUGUUCCUGACUUGAGCAGUUGGUGGUAAGAUAGAGUAGAAUUGACUUGGUGGAGCCUAAUUAACUUGUAAAAAAAUGGCUCAAGUCCUACUUUUUCCUUCUAUAAAGAGGCAUGGUUUCUUGGGAGAUUUUGAAGGUCUAAAAGCCUUGAACCUUGAGGAUGGUGGUGUAUGACAGUAGAUAUUAUAUUUAUCAUUGCUAGUAAGGUACAUUGAGUAUUUUGGAUAUGCCCCACUUAUUUACGGGGUUAUCAUGUUCCAAAUUAAGAUGAUGAGGAAUUAUUUCCUAUGUAUGGCAUUCUUUUGACAUUAAAGUUGGGUAGUUGUGAAGGAGUGUAGAAUGCACACUCAUCAACUUGGCAGACUCUGUGAACGGCAGUGAUGCUGAUUGACUGUUGUUUGUUUGUAAUAAUAUAGGUCCUUACUGAUGGGAGGAUAUUCUGACCAGAUUUACUAUGGGAAGCCUCUAGUUUGGUUGAAAACUUUUCUUCCAUAGGUGACUGACUGGUUGAUUGGAAUCACUGGAUAGCCGUAGAUUUUUAGCACCCCAAGCCAAGUUCUUAUUCCUUUCCCCCCCUCCCCCCCCUCCCCUUCUUUUUUGCCCCUGAUAUUUCUGAUGUAAGAAACAAAGGCGAAAAUCAUUAUCCUAUUAGUAUUGUUGGGUUGUCAACUCCUUGUUGAGUUUGUGAGUAGAAUUCUGGCCAUUUAGCUGAUGCAAUGUUCAGAACACAUUACAAUGGAUGUCAUUUUCGCUUAUUCAAAGGGUCUUGAGCUGGAGCAUCUUCCCCUGGCCCUCAGAUCAAGCAGUAAAGUGAUAGGGUGAGGUUGGGCUGGAUCUUAGGUUUAAAUCUUGGCAGCUAAAAGGAAGACCUUAUCAGGUCUGAAGCAUUGAA